AUGGCCUCGGAAGACCUGGCAGGGGCUCUGGCGGCCGUUCUUGGGGGUCGGGGGCUGCGCGUGCAGAGCUAUGACUCGGGGCCGGCCGGGGAGACGCCGGCGCAGGUGCGGCUGCGGAAGAACGUCUGCUACGUGGUGCUGGCCGUGUUCCUCAACGAGCAGGUGAGCGUCCGCCCGUCAGGCCCACCGCCCAGGCCUCCGGGGCUCGCAGGCAACCCCGGUGGGGACAGAGGACAUGCCCGCAACAGCCACCGCUUCCUGGAUGAGGUGCUUCUGAUCCAGGAGGCCAAGAAGGAGUGCCGAGGGUCGUGGUACCUUCCCGCGGGGAGGAUGGAGCCCAGGGAGACCAUUGUGGAGGCGCUGCAGCGGGAGGUGAAGGAGGAGGCCGGGCUGCAGUGUGAGCCUUUGACGUUGCUGUCUGUGGAGGAGCGGGGCCCCUCCUGGAUCCGCUUUGUGUUCCUCGCUCGCCCCACAGGUGGAAUUCUCAAGACUCCCAAGGAGGCAGAUGCGGAGUCCCUGCAGGCUGGCUGGUACCCUCGAACCUCGCUGCCCACCCCGCUGCGAGCCCACGACAUUCUGCAUCUGAUAGAGCUAGCCGCCCAGUAUCGCCAGCAAGCCAGGCACCCUCUCCUUCUGCCCCAAGAGCUUCCCUGCAGUCUGGUCUGCCAGCGGCUCGUAGCCACCUUUACCAGUGUCCAGACAGUGUGGGUGUUGGUGGGCACAGUGGGGAUGCCUCACUUGCCCAUCACCUCCUGUGGCUUUGCUCCCAUAGAGCAGAGGGGUGGCAUCAAGAUGGCCGUCCUGCGUCUGCUACAGGAGUGUCUGACCUUGCACCACUUGGCAGUGGAGACCAAGGGGUUGCUUGGACUGCAGCACCUGGGCAAAGACCAAACCGAUGGCAUCUGCCUGAACGUGCUGGUGACGGUGGCUUUUCGGAAUCCAGGUAUCCAAAAUGAGCCCCCGAAGGUUCGGGGUGAGAACUUCUUUUGGUGGAAGGUAGUGGAGGAAGACCUACAAAGCCAGCUCUUACAGAGGCUUCAGGAAUCAUCUGUCGUCCCAAUCAACCGAUAGGAGGCUGCCGUCAGUGGGCCAGGAGCUGGGUUCCCAUGGGCAGUAAUUGCACAACCUGCGCUUACACUCAGGCCGUCUGACCCCCUGUAUGAUGGUGUCUGUGCUUCAGAGGAGGCUUUGCCUCUAAGAGGCACCGGGGGUUGGUAGAGAUCUUGUUGCAUGGAGCAGGGCAGUUCUCCUGGUUCCCAGGGGGACGUCCAUCUCUUAUUGCCAUGGAGCAGGUCCCUGCACUGCAUCAGAAGGGACAGUGCCUUCAACCAAGCAAGGAGUCCAGAGCUCAAGGACCCAGUUGCCCUGAGGGCACAAUGAGGGCACGACUCCCUAAGGGGAUGUGAGGACUUUCUGGACCUGAGGUGGCACCUCUUCGUUUUCUGUGCCCGCCUCAGUAAAGGCCUCAUCCAGAUUCUCAAGCACUUAGAACAUGGAAGGGGUGCUGGGGGAGGUCAUUCCAAGAGAGUGGGUCCCUGGCUGAGUAAAUAGGUGUUGCUUA